AUAUACGGAUAGUUACGCAGAAUGUCGUCUCCACGGUCUCCUGCAGCGUUGCUUUCGGGUCUUCUGGAAGCGCUCCCAUCACACCCUAAGGUGCCUAUAUAUUUACACUCGGCCGGAUAAAUAACACGGAGACCGUGGAAGGGAUCUCGAUCUCACUCUCUCGCAACCCUGAUGAACGGGAUAAGAAGCUUGCCGGCCCCGUGCCGACGAAGACUGUAAACCACCAGCAUAGUCAGCAAGUCCAGGACGGAUAGCAGCCGCAGACAUGCACAUCUCAACCAUCCUCUCAAGCCUGAGCCUGGCCAGCCUGGCCGUGGCAGGACCAGUGCAGCUUGCCGAUCGCCAGGCUCAGAAACUCCGAAUCAUGCCGCUCGGCGACAGCAUCACCGAGAUCACCUGCUGGCGCGCCCUGGUCUGGGACCAGCUCGCGGCGGCCGGAUACGCCGACAGGGUGCAGUAUGUGGGCUCGCAGAACAGCAACCCGCAGAACUGCCGGCCGAGCACGGCCAACUGGGACCAGCACCACGAGGGGCACUCGGGCUGGCUGGCCAUCGACAUCGCCAACAGCUACCUGGCCAACUGGCUGCAGAAGACGCCCGCCGACAUCGUCAUGUUCAUGCUCGGCACCAACGACGUGACCCGCGGGCGCAGCACCAACGAUAUCAUUGCCGCGUAUACCAAGAUGGUCGGUAUCAUGCGGGCGGCGAAUCCGAGGAUGAAGAUCAUCGUCGACCUAGUCAUCCCCCUCUCGUACUCCAACGCGCAGAUCCAGGCGAUCAACGCGCGCAUCCCGGACUGGGCGCGGGGCCUCAACUCAACCGACUCGCCCAUCGUCAUCGCCGACUGCUACAAUGGGUUCUCGACGUCGUAUCUGCGCGACGGGGUACACCCCAACCUAGAGGGCGAUAGGCUCAUGGCGUCGCGGAUUGGGCCGCUGCUGUUGAAUUAUGUGAAUGCGUCGCUGGCUGUGUAAGGGGGGGCAGGGGGCGUGUUGGUGGUUGGGUGAAGGUUAGGUAAGGGUCUAAGGGAUACUUGGCCGCCAGGUGCGAACUUUCAGUGCAGACGGCUUCGUGCCGGCAGCGGUGCUUUGAGCUCCUCGAUACUCCCAUCAUCUGGUCCUCAUGAUAAUCGUCCCACUCCUCGUGGAUGACUUGAUCGACACACUUCAGCAAUCAAACCUCCUGCGUCCUUUCGCUGCUAUGUUCUGCAAUCAGAUCGGUAUUCCUGGUAGCCAGGGGCCCAGCUGGAGGGGGUUCCGUGCUGGCAUGCCCCUCCUUCUUCUCUUUUUGGGCUUUGCGGCAGCUGUGGUUUCUCUCCCGGUUUCUCUCCGGUUUUGGCCCCCAUCUCUUCUCAG